AUGAUUUAUAUGAAACAAUCACUAUAUGGAGAUGCCUUAGAGUGUUAUAAACUAGCGCUUGAUCAUCAAAUGAAAUUAGAAUAUUCAAAUAAUAAUGCAUUAGCCGAAAUAUAUAACAAUAUCUGUACUAUAUAUAUUCAACAAAAUCAUUAUUCACAAGCAUUAAUCUAUUGUCAAGAUGCUGAAAAUGCUCUGCUACAUGAACCACACAACAAACAACAGUUAUCAUUAAUCUAUUCAAAUAAAGGCAGAAUUCUAUUUAAACUAGCUGAAAGUGGCUCUGACCCCGAACAAGCUGCUAACAGUUUUCAUAAAGCUUAUGAAAUGUUUGAGAAAAGUAGUAAAAAUAUUAAUCAUGAUGCUUUAGAACAACGUUUAAUGAAAGCUGAUUUUGAUGUCUAA